UUUUAUGGAAAAAUGGAAUGGCCUAGAAGUAUGUUCCAUCAUAAUUUUCUUUUUCUUACUAGAUUGUGGAGGGAAUGAAGAAGAAUAAAUGGAGUAUUGAGAAUAUUGCCUUUGGAUCUGGUGGAGCUUUGUUGCAGAAACUAACCAGAGAUCUCCUAAACUGUUCCUUCAAAUGUAGCUACGUGGUGACCAACGGUCUCGGAGUGAAUGUCUUCAAGGAUCCAGUUGCCGAUCCCAACAAAAGGUCAAAGAAAGGGCGGCUAUCGUUGCAUAGGACACCCACUGGAGACUACGUGACGCUUGAAGAAGGCAAGGGAGACCUUGAAGAGUAUGGACAGGAUCUCCUCCAUACAGUAUUUAAGAAUGGGAAGGUAACGAAGUCAUAUUCAUUUGAUGAAGUAAGACAAAAUGCCAGGCUGAAGAACAGUGAACUAGAAAUGGCGUCUCACUAAGUUUCAUUCCAUGUCUGUGUAUGUGUGUGUGUAACAAGUACGUACCGCAUAGCUACUGGGUUUAUUGUACAGAUUUGUGUGUUUGUGUUUUAUGACAUUGUAGCCAAAUUAUUUGUUGGUUUAUGGACAUACUGCCCUAUCUUUUGCCAGUCUUUAGAAAAAGAUGAAAUCAAGAAAUGGUACUUGCAUUGUAAAACAUAUUUAAUGCUAAAGUGUGCUUUUUAGGGCCCUUUGCCAGUAGUGAUUCAAUCUGGUAUUGAUCUUUUCACAAAUGAGACAGAGCUGAGAAACUUUUUUAUAUAUAACAGAAUAUCACAAAAUGGAUUUACAUAAAAUUAUCAUGAUUGCUUUAUGUUUAUAUUUAACUUGUAUUUUUGUACAAACAAGAUUGUGUAAAAUAUAUUUAAAGUUUCAAUAAUUAAGUCUUUCCAACUUUACAUGAUUUUUAUGAGCACAGACUUUCAAGAAAAUAUUUGGUGGGGGGGGAAAUCCAUUGCCUUUUGUCCAUUAAUCAGCAAAUAAAACAUGGCCUUAAAGUUUGUUGUGACAUUGUACCAUUUGACGACAAAAUCAGGACUCGUAUCUCCUUAAGAUCCCAUAGAAUUGCUGACCUCACCGUUUCUUGUAGUUGUCUGUAUUAGUAAAUCUGCAUUAAAGAAAAUUACUGUUCUUACUAGAAGGCUUAGGUACUACACACCUUGCUGGCACGGUAAGGUAUGUAAAUGAAAUGCCAAAUUUGAAAGGAUUCUCUACUGCAACUUAACUUGCCAAGUCGAUCCCGCUUGGCAUAUGCACCUCAAUAUUUUAAGAGUAAAGUUUUUAAGAGAUCUCCUCUUCCACUAUAGAAUAUAUGUGUAAAAUACUGAAAUAUGGAAGCGGUGUAUUUUAAAGUAAUUACACUUCUGGGUUUAUUUUUCAUAUACUGUAAGUGACAGGACUUUAAAGCAAAAUACUGGACUGGGUAGUGCACUUUUUUACUUUUUUGUAUUUUUUUCAUUGAUUUGCCUUUUGUCAGACUGGAUGUUAAAUUGUAAAAAAUGUUUAACUAUUUUUGUUAACAACUUUAAUAAAACUUUAUGCUAGCCAAACUCCUACAUGAAUGGCAGACCUGUUUCCCCUUCUCGCCCCCUCUCAUUGGGGUGAGGAGGGGCUUUUAUUUUGCAGAGGGUGACUGUAAAACAGUAUGUCCGAGAGGCUUUUGAACGGUCCGCACCUGAUUGUAUUUGCUCUCUGCAUAUGUUUGAUUUGAAUAUCUGCUGGAAAACAAAACUGUCGAAGAUUUUAUUGGAGAAGCUAUGUAGUAACCUCUGAUACGUUUGAUAGUACUGUAGGAUGGCUCUCUCUAGAAAAGUACCUCCCUUACUUAAAGAACAACAGCAAAAGCGAACGGCUCCUGUGUUACGCUGGUGAUCAGCUGUCAGCAAACGGCUUAGUGUACUGAUGUAAUUAUUGCUUCAAAUUAGAUGUUACAGAAAAAUGUUAGGGGUCCUCUAAAACAAUUUAAGCCUACAAAACUUUAUAAAACGUGCUUUUAAAGGAAGAUUGAAAAGCCAUACUUCAUUAUUCUUACGCUCUCGCCAAGAAGGGCCACAUCAGAGCACCCAUAAUGUUUCCAGAGUUUGUGGUUAAGACAUUUAUGCCCAGUCUCAAUAGUUCAUGUUAAUAAAAACUUGUUUUCCACUUGUAGUGUAUGUAAGUAUACAUUUAAGUGAUGUAUUGUUUCAAAAAUAGUGCUUUAGUAAGACUCUAAAUGCUGACCUUUCACACUGAGGAACUGCCUUCCCUUUGCUAUUAAUGAUAUUGUUUGUAUCUGGCAAAAUCUAUUAAGAUUUUAAAUCUGGACCUAGGAUCAGUAGCAGGUAAAUAGUACAGAGCCUAUUUCACUCCUCCACGUGUGUACUAGGGGAAUUUUAUGAUGUAUGGUUUAAAAAACAAUAAAGUAAAUGCUGCUUUCGUUCUGUACCAAUAAAAAUUUUGAUAACUA